GAAGGGGGCGUUCCCAUUUCCCGCGCUGCUGGCAGGUCAAUGCAGGGUCGAGCCUGGGAAGGGAAAGGAGUUGUUUGGGUUCCUUCCCGCUUUCUGCUUUGGACCCAGGCGGAGCCCCAGCGAUGGCGGCGGCGGCGGCGAGGCUGGGGCUGCUGCGGGCGGUGAUCAUGGGCCCGCCGGGCUCCGGGAAGGGCACCAUCUCGGCCCGCAUCGUCCAGCACUUCGCCCUGAAGCACCUCUCCAGCGGGGACCUCCUCCGGGAGAACAUGAACAGGAAGACCGAAAUUGGAAUACUUGCUAGGUCAUAUAUUGACCAAGGACAGCUGAUUCCUGAUGACAUUAUGACACAGCUGAUGUUACAUGAGGUGAAAACUCUAGAAAAGAACCACUUGCUACUGGACGGCUUCCCCAGGACUGUUCCACAAGCUGAAGCUCUUGAUAAAGCGUGCCCAAUCGACACUGUUAUUGACUUGGAUGUGCCUUUUGAGACUAUCCAACAACGCCUAACUGCACGCUGGAUCCAUCCUACUAGUGGCAGGGUUUAUAACCUUGAGUUCAACCCUCCCAAAGUUCCUGGUCUGGAUGAUGAUACAGGAGAGCCUCUCAUUCAGCGUGAUGAUGACAAACCGGAAACUGUUAUGAAGAGGUUGAAAUCUUAUGAAGCCCAAACCAGACCGGUCCUGGAAUAUUAUCGCCAAAAAGGGGUGCUAAAAUCCUUCGCUGGGACAGAAACCAACAAAAUCUGGCCACAUGUUCAUAGAUUCCUCCAAACGAAGCUGCCUGAAAUUGGUUAGAAUUAAGCUGCUAAUAUCAAUGAAGUAAGCACUAUUACUGUACUGAGAAAUGGAAGCUACUAGCAUAUGGCUAAGCUUUUCAAAAUGUGAUUUUAUAAUUAUUGCUGGAAUUUUCUAACAAUUUCUGAAAUUAUGAAGUAUGUUAAAAAUCCUCUGCCCAAUGUGCCAUGCUAAUGAACAUUUAACCGGAAUGUCCACAUUUCAACUCUUAUCUCAUAAUGUCAUUUUUCUCUUCUAUUAAAUUGACGGUUAAGUAUUAUUUUUGUAUUAGAUGUACUGGUAUUUUGUAAAAUUAAUUUAAUAUUAAACUGAUUUUCAAUAAAAUCCA